AUGAAUGGUCAAGUUGUUGCUGGUGGGCGUGGCCGAGGAAAGCAAUUAAAUCAACUCUGUUUUCCAACUGACGUGUUGAUCGACAAAAAGACGAAUGAUCUCAUUAUUUCUGAUCGAGGAAAUCGACGAGUUCUACUAUGGUCUCGUCGUAGUGGCACUGUCAAAGGUCGAAUCCUCCUCCGCAAUAUCCGUUGUCGAGGAUUGGCCAUGGAUAAUCAGGGAUCUCUCUAUAUCUCUGACAACGAUAAACAUGAAGUAAGACGAUAUUACGUGGGAGACAAAUUUGGAACUAUUGUGGCUGGUGGCCAUGGCAAAGGUGAUGGUCUCAAUCAACUCAACUGGCCAACCUUCAUCUUUAUCGAUCAACAACAGGCUAUCUACGUGUCGGACAAUGAGAAUCAUCGUGUAAUGAGAUGGAAUAAAGGUGCUAAAGAGGGCAUUGUUGUUGCUGGAGGUCAAGGCGAAGGAAAGGCUUUGACACAAUUGUCAUAUCCUAAAGGGUUGUUUGUCGAUCACUUGGGUACCAUCUAUGUGGCAGACACGGGAAAUCAUCGAGUGAUGCGUUGGUCUAAAGGAGCCAAACAGGGCACUGUUAUUGCACGUGGUACAGGGACAAGUAAACUAUACUAUCCCGAAGGUUUGACCAUCGAUAAACAUGACUAUCUUUAUGUUGUCGAUUGGGGAAACGAUCGCGUAAGACGAUUUUCUAUUAAACAAUGUCAUUAUGAUGGUUAA